GCAGUCAGUGGGCUAGAUAAAAUCCCCACCAAGCCUCCCCUUAAGUCUUUCUUUCUUCGUCUACUUAGCCAGUUCCCUUACAAGUAGAAGCAAGAUGAGCACCCCAAGAAACCUCCUCGGAGCCAAGAUCCUCGUCCACUGGCUCGAAAAGUCACGCGCCCAGCGAAUUCUCCACCUUCUCGAAGAACUCUCCCUCCCAUACGAGAUAAAAGCCUACUCGCGCAACCCUAACGGCACCGCCCCCGACGCCCUCAAGACCAUCCACCCCUUGGGCAAAUCGCCGCUCGUUUCCAUCACACCACCACCAGAAGCACAAAAAGGGCCCAUUGUGCUGGCGGAAUCGGGCCCUAUCAUCGAGUACCUUCUUUCCCACAGCGGAGAAGACGCAAAAGCCAAGGCUUUAGUUCCGGAGCAAUGGAAGAAAGGUGAGGAAGGAGAGUUGGGCGGGGAGACGGAGGCGUGGAUGCGAUAUCGGUACUGGAUGCACUAUGCCGAGGGAAGUUUGAUGUCACCUGUUCAGGUGCAUUUGAUUAUGAAUGCUGUUGAAAAUGCCCCCGUGCCCUUCUUCCUCAAACCGCUCGUGAGGUUUGUUCCAGGUCGCGUCCGAGCCGAGUUUCUCGAUCAGGAGCUCAAGACGCAUUUUCGAUUCCUAGAGAGUCAGUUGGAGACGGCGCCUGAGGGCGGUCCGUUCUUCUGUGGGUCACGGUUGACCGUGGCAGAUAUUCAGAUGAGUAUCCCGGUUUUGGCGGGGUUGAAUCUCUCCAUUGUUCCUCGUAAGGAGUAUCCCCAGCUUGACGCAUUUUCCACAGCGCUGCAGAAAACAGAGGGCUACCAACGAGCCGUGAGGAAGAUCGAGGAACUGGAGGGAAAGCCUUUUGUAGCGAUCUAAUAAAGAAAAGAGCUAGUAAAUGCUUUGCCUUACCUGGGACAGGAUCGUCGAGCAACCAAUGGCGAUUCAGUCCGGUAGUUUACAGUAUAUACCCUGUGCAUGAACAGUCGGGUUGAAUAAAAGAUCACUUGAUCAAAUGGCCCAAUACAAACUAUAUCAUACUGUGGGUCCCAGCCUGACAGCGGUUACUAAAGGUGGGACAAAAGGGUGUCCAACUAAUAAGUUCCAAGCAAAAGGCACUUAUUAGCUAGUAAGGGUACUCGAAUACAUCUUCAUACUGCAUAACGAAACUGGGGCGCUUUCUUGUACAAGGAGCAAGAAAAAUAGAAAUCCAGAAAAUGGUGUUUACAUACACUCUUCAAGAAAUAUAAUAUCAAGUUGCUCACCAUAAUGAUUGUC